AUGGCGGUGUACCGCGGGCAGUACUGGGCGCUGCUGGAGGAGCUGCGCGCCAAGUACCGCCGAUUCUGCAUGCGCACGGGGGAGAGCGGAUGGAAAGAGCCCGCGCAUCCUUCCGCCACUGGCGGAACAGGCGGAGCGGGAGAAGGCAGCGACUUCCCCUUUCCGCCUGCUUCGCGCCCCCACGCGCUUCUUCCGCCUCCGCCGGCCCCCCUUGCCCCCCCUUUCCCGAGAGAUACGAGUCUCAGGGCAGCAGCUGGGGGAAGCGGGGUAGAGGGUAGCGGAGCAGGGGGGGACCGCGGAGCAGAUGGGGAGGGCGGAGCAGUAGGGGGAAGCGGGGCAGGGGGGGUGGGGGGAGCAGCAAGGCCGGAGCCGCACGCACCUGACAAACCAGCGAAUGCCACGUUGCACUGCGCAGCGCCUGGGCCAUGCCUGGCGAAGCCCCUGGCUCUGGGCUCCAAUAGCGGGGCCCACCUGCCCUGCGGGCGCCCUGCCUUUUCCGCCUUCACCCCCGUCCUCUGCGCCCACCACCGCCACCUCAUUCCGCCAGCUCAGCAGCCCUUCCUGCCACGUCACCGAGGGUAUCUGGAACCCGUUAUAGUGGAGGGGGGCGCGAGUGGGGGGAAGGGGGGCGGGGGGAAGGGCGGAAAAGGGGGGAGGAAGCGGAGGAAGAAGGGGAAGGGGGGUAGGAGAAGCAUGGGCGAUGGAGCAGGAGGGGGGGAUGGGGCGGGGCUAGGGGGAGGGAAUAAGCAGGUGGGUGUGCUUACACUGAGUGUAAUUAUAACAGAGAUGGUUAGGACGAUUCAGACCCAACGGAGGAUGUUAGAGGAAGUGGAGGACGAGGGGAGAGAGGAGGGGAGGAGAGAGGUGAGGGAGGAGAAUGGAGAGGUGCAGAGCGGUGGAAACGAGGAGGGGGUGAGAGGAGAAGGGGAGUCAAAUGGAGUGAGAGAGGGGAGCGGAGGAGGAGGAGGUGGGAAGGGAAGGGCAGAAGGGGCGGCUUUAAGAGGUCUAAAUGAUGAUUCAGCAGAGGAGGGGCGGCAGAAGUGGCUGAAAGAAAUCGAAUCUGGAUAUGAUUUUGAUGGUAUGGAUUGGAUACAAGGUGAAGGCGGAUGGAUGGGAGGAGGGAUGGGAGGAGGGGGAAUUGCAGAAGCAGCUGUUGAGAGUUUUCAAAAUACGCCUGCGUCACGGUCUGGUGAAGGGCAAGCAGUGGGGAAUUCCAGGCGUGCUGUAGCAGGAGGAACAGAAGAGGCAGGAGGGGUGGGAGAACCAGCAGCGGUAAAAACAACAGCAGCAGGAGCAGCAGCAGCAGCAGCAGGAGGAGCAGUAACAGCGGCAGGGGCAGCAGCAGCAGCAAGUGGGGGAGAGGAUGGGGAGGGGCAGCUACCCGAGGGAGGGCAUUCUCAGAAGAUGCUUUUUCGGGCUCAAUCCCCUGCUGCUGCUGCUGCUGCUGCUGCUGCUGCUGCUGCUGCUGCUGCUGCUGCUGCUACUGCUGCUGCUGCUGCGGCUAAUGCUGGUGCUGCUGCUGGCAGUGCUGCUGGUUCUGCUGCUGCUGGUGGUGCUGCUGCUGCUGGCAGUGCUGCUGGUGCUGCUGCUGCUGCUGCUGGUGCUGCUGCUGCUGCUGCUCCGGGGCCAGGUUCACGGUCAAGGCAGGCUUUCACGCUUGUCUGCAGCCUCUGCUGA